UCCCCUUCAAGGUUAUGUCAAACGGAAUGUCAAGAUGUCCUCCAAACGUAACAAGUUCCAAAACAAAAACACAAGAAAGUUCAAGAAUAGCAAAACGAAUAGAAAUUGCGAACGUACGUUAGCAGAGAGUGCCGCACAACUAGCAAUCAGCAGCAAUAGCUCCGACAGCAGUGACAGUUCAGACAAUGAAGAUCUGGGCCAACCUCCGAAAUAUCCGGUGGCGAUGUGGGACCUAAACCAAUGCGAUCCGAAAAAGUGCUCCGGAAGGAAACUAGCUCGCCACGGGCUCAUCACGAACUUGAAGCUGGGUCAACGCUUCCCUGGAUUAGUUUUAACUCCAGUCGGAGUUAACUGUGUCAGCCCUGCCGACCGGCAAAUUAUUGAGUCAAGUGGCCUCGCUGUGGUGGAUUGCUCAUGGGCGAAAUUAGAGGAAACUCCAUUCGACCGGAUGAAAACUCCGCAUCCGCGACUGCUCCCGUUCCUCGUGGCGGCAAACCCAAUCAACUACGGAAAACCCUGCCAGCUAAGCUGCGUGGAGGCGAUCGCUGCCGCAAUGUACAUUGUAGGUCAUAAGCAGGAGGCAAAAUGGUACCUGAACAAGUUCUCGUGGGGACAUUCAUUUCUGGAAUUGAACGACACACUUUUGGAGAAAUACUCGAACUGCACAACUAGUGCCGAAAUUCUGGAGGCGCAAAAUGCAUACUUGAAGGAAGCACAGGACGAGAAGCUCCAGAACAAGGCCAGGAGAGAUUGGCCCACUUCAAGCAGCGGCAGCGAGUCUGAUGACGAAGCCGAAAGUACUGAAUGUGAUGAUAAAGUACGUAAAGACGAUGUAAAUAAAUAGUUAAUGGUUAUGGAUUAUAUUUUAGCUUCUGCGUAAGAGUAAUAUUGAUAUUCAAUAGACGAAUAAAGCUUACUUUUUACAUGGAGUAAA